AUGAUCGGAACUUUUUGGAACAUGUGUCGAGCUUGUCCGUCACUUCCACUAAAUUCAGAAUAUAGAAGCACUUAUCGUUGGCAUGAAUACAAAGGAUCUAACCGUGAUGAUGUUGUCGUGAGAAGACCUCCGCAACCUUUUAUCUCAGAAAAUUUACAAGAGCCUGCAUUACCCAGAAGGAAAAAACACCCAGAAAUAGCAUAUAAAACAAAUGAUUUUUUAAAUGAUAGCGGAUCGGAAGCUUUAUUGGGAAAUUAUUUUUUAUCAGAUAGAGCAAGGUCGGAGGAAAGGUGGGCUUCGUGUCGUAAUAAGAAUUCGAGGCGCAGCAAAUCCGAAGGUCCUCAUGCAAGAAAAUCAUCGUACAGAUUAAUUAGUACCAGAUCCAUUAAUAUCCCAAAUCAAUCCUCUAUAUUCACUAAAAUUAGAGAUUCUAAUAAAAAAUAUGAUAAAAAGGCAACCGUUAACACAACGACUUUUACUAAUCGCAAUAAUAUAAUACAAAGUGAAAUAUUAAAAACGGUACCACCCAAAAAAGAAGAUAAUAAUAAUAAAGUUAAACAAGUUAUUUCGAGUCUCGUAAAUCCGAGAAUUGAUGAUAUUUUAUCAGAUAAUCAGCCAAAGAAGUCGGUAUCAAUGAAUGGUAUUAAGAAUAAAUCCGACCAUGAUUCUUUAAAAGGAAAUUCAGAAACUGAUAAUUUAAUCGGUGAUGAUUCUGGAUCUAAACACGAUGAUACUGACGGAGAAUUUAAAAGCGAAUAUAAGAAAAAUUUUCAACCGUUUAAUAAAUAUGAUUUUGAUGAACAAAAAGGAGUUUUUGAAAGGAGGCCUACUGUAAAUGCUUUUAACAGCACAACCGAAAGUGAUUUACCAUCAUCGUCUUGGUAUAAAGAAGUUGUACUCCUAAGACAAAAAGCUAAUCAGUACAGGCAUCGCGGUUGGGGUACCGAAUUGAUACCGGAUCACAUAGCACAGCUAUACAACGAUCAAAUGAUGGUUUGGGAGCAGGUUUCACGACGAAGUACUUUAUCGGCAUUAUCAUUGGCAACAACAGUUUCUUCUAGAAAUGAAUCUUCGAAAGAAGAAAAAGAAAACAAAAAAAAUUCACCAUUGAAAUCAUUAACGAGAGCAAAAUCGGCAAAAGGAAGUCAUCAUUUACCAGGUACACAUCAGGGAAAACCGGAUAAGAAAAAAACGGCUCCAACACCAAAACAAAAUUUGGAAUCAUCGCCAAAAAAAGGUAAUGUUCAAAUGAAAAAAUUAUACGUAAAGAGAACCUCUCCUAAUAGGACACGUCAAGAAUCUAAUGUCGGUGCACCACCACCGACCAUUCAUAAGUCUUUAAUACAGGAACCGGAGAAGUCAAAACGAAGAUCGAGACCAACAUCUCUAAUAACAACCGUGCCUUCUGGCGCCAAAGCAUCGCAAUUAAAAAAGGAUAGAAAAGGUGAUGAAGGGGAUGAAGAGUUUACGACAGCUUUAGAACCAGAACAAAUAAUAAAAUCACCACCUGAACCUACGAGGGUCAAAUCACCGGAGCAAAUUGUCAUAAGAUCACCGGAACCUGUUAACUGGACCGUGCCACUUGAUACUGGAAAAACAUUUACAGUCACUCAAAACAUACGAGAAGGAGAUUUGGCUCCAAGAUCUUACAGUGAAGUUAGAGCUUGGACUCCAGGUAACGUACCACCACCUGCAUCGAUAUCAGCUCCUACUGAAUUAGCUAAAGUUAACGUUAAUAAUCAGGGAGAAAUACUCUCCAAAUAA